GUUGAAAAUGACGCACGGCCGACAAAGAGCGAUCCCUGGAUGGAAAGAAAGUCCUUUGUCAAAAUUCAACCACCCACAGGCCCCUGCUCGUGACGUCGUAUCUUUGUCUGUGCAUCUGCUCAUCUGUUGGACUAGAUCCAUAUCUCACCUUUCAUUCUGACGACAACCGUUCACCAUGUCUAAGCCAGACAUUAUCGACAUCAUUCGCAAUGCCAAUACCGACCGAGGCAAUUUCGAUGUCAACAGUAUAUUGUCGUCUGUUGGCUUCUCUUUGGGCAUCUCCGCCAUUCUUUUUGUCGCAUUCUCUCUGCUACGGCCUCGCAACACCGUCGUCUAUGCACCAAAACUCAAAUAUGCGGACGAAAAGUUUGCACCGCCGAAGCUCAACAAUGCGCCCUGGGCCUGGAUCAAGCCUGUCUUGCGUGUCAAGGAGGACUACAUGCUCGAGAGGAUAGGUCUGGAUGCGGUCAUUUUUCUGCGGUUUUUGCGCAUGUGCCGCAACUACCUGCUGUUCCUUACCGUGCUUGGUUGCGGUGUGCUCAUCCCAGUCAACCUGAUUGGUACGAACAAGCUAAGCAGCAGCAAUACAAACGGGACCAAUCCAUUGCUAAAGUUGUCUACGGCAGGUCUGUAUGGCAGCUGGCUCUAUGCACAUAUCGGCAUGUCUUAUAUCUUUACGCUUGCACUGCUUCUUCUCAUUUGGCAUAAUCAAAAGCGUGUCAUUCAGCUCAGGCGCAAGUACUUUGCUUCCGAUGAAUUUCAAGCGAGUCUGCAUUCUCGCACCCUCAUGCUAAUUGAUUUGCCAUCACAAGCACGGUCUGAUGCAGCACUGGCGGAACGCGCCUCGACCCUCAAACAGGCCAAGCCAUAUUCACAAGUCCAGAUGGGCCGUGAUGUGGGCAAAAUCCCAGCGCUGAUUGAGAGUCACGAAGCUGCAGUGCGCAAACUUGAAGGCUAUCUGGCAAGCUAUCUCAAAAACCCAGAUAAGCUGCCAGCCAAGCGACCUACCCACAAAGGUCAGGACGCGAUCGACUACUAUUCAUCGCGAGUGCGUUCUCUGGAGAAGCAGAUUGAAGUGGCCCGUGACGAAUAUGAGGCAUUUCGCACCAAGCCGUAUGGUUUCAUCUCUUACCCUGCAAUUCCCCAAGCUCAUGCUGUGGCCAAAGCCAACAAGGGAGACAGCAACGUCUUUCUAGCUCCUAAGCCACGGGAUAUCAUCUGGAAGAACAUGGGCACAAGGCAAAGUACACGCACGUCGAAUCGUAUCUUUGGCAAUGUGCUAUUUGUCUUUAUGUGUAUUCUUUGGACAGUGCCCAACGCGCUGGUUGCCACUUUUCUGCAAAAUAUCUACAAUCUUGGUUACGUCUGGCCUUGGUUUCAGGGCCGCAUCAAUGCAAACCCAAAACUCUGGGCGGCCGUGCAAGGUGUGCUGGCACCACUGAUUUUGACCCUUUUCUUUUUGCUUCUACCAGUUCUCAUGCGACGACUCAGCCAAUUUAGUGGAUCACUCACGAAAACGUCUCGCGAGCGAAACGUUUUCCACAAGUUGUACCUCUUCUUCUUUGUCAACAACUUUGUCAUCUUCACCCUCUUUGGAGUCGUCUGGUCCUUUGUCGUCUCGAGCAUUGUUCAAACCGCGCAAGAUCAGACUGGAUUCGCAGGCUUUUGGCGUGCCUUGAAGAAGAGCGACUUUUUUGCAGGUGCGUCCAACGCCAUCAUCAAUACCUCCACCUUUUGGAUUCUGUACGUGGCUCAGCGCAACCUCGGAUGUUUCGUGGACUUGGUACAGAUCUGGAUUUUAGUGCUCAAAUGGGUCAAACGGACUUUCUUCUCCCCAAGCCCUAGGGAAAUGAUUGAGUGGUCUGCACCGCAACCCUUCGACUAUGCCUCUUACUACAACUCCUUCCUAUACAACUUUACGAUUGUGGUGACCUAUGCGGCCAUUGCUCCACUAAUCUUGCCCUUUGGCUUGCUCUACUUUGUCAUUUCUGGGGUCACUUACAAAUACACUUUGCUGUAUGUGUCAAUUACCAAAGUAGAAUCUGGCGGCAGCUUCUGGCGCGUCUUGGUCAAUCGUCUGCUUUGGAUCCUGGCACUCGCCAAUCUGGUGUUGUUUGUGGUCAUUUGGAUCAAGAUUCGCAUCUAUACAGCCAUCGCUGUUGCGCCCAUCUUUGUCUUGCUCAUUGCCUUUAAGCUAUUUCUAUGGAAAAAGUACGAUACGGUAUUUGAGUACUGCUUGGAAGAGGCGAGUGAGAGUCAAGUACCCAUGGUCCACAAGAAUGAUGCAAAGAAAGAUCGCUUGCGUCAACGAUUCGGUCAUCCGGCAUUAACGCAACCACUCAUGGUUCCCAUGGUCUACGAAAAAUCACGACACUUGCUAAGACAAGUUUAUAAGGGUCGUUUGACAGAUGAUGAAUCUGGUAGUCUGUUUGCUGAUUCACAAACAUUCAGUGGCGAUGGGAUUGCCAUGACGACGCCUCAUAAGGUUGGCCAGUCGCCGUUUGCUGAUUCUCCCGGGUCCACGGGUACACAGACGCCUGGUCUGAGUCGUGCUGGAUCAUUUGAAGGUCGCUUCGAACUUGUUAGGGAAGGCGAUGUCGCUGAUGAAAAGUACGUGCAUCAAGUGGCUGAAGCAAAUGGCAACGACGAGCAUUUGUUUGCUGAUGUAUCCAGACCUGGUACACGACAAGGGUCAUUGGCACCGAGUGAGCAUGAAGACUGGUCACGGCCCAGUACGCGCGGGAUUGAGCGGAAGCCCGUAUUCGCGACGACGACGCCACCGAGGGCGCCGUACCCGUUGAUGCAACAACCUUCCGAGUCGGCAAUGUAUACACUGCAAGAUACGUAUUCGACUGCAUCGCUUGGAGAAGCCACGGCCUAUCAUGGUGCAUUGCAGCAUCCAGCGUAUGUAGAGGAUCAGGAUGAUUACACAAACUUGCUACGGCAGGAAGAUGUUGGACAUCAAGAGGAUUACGAGAGACGAGCCCCCUCGCAACGACCUCCGCGGCCGUGGUGAGCAUGUACAUAUCAUGAUAUAGACACGAACAUAGAAGCAUGAUGAAGGAUUUUC